CAAAGGCUCUGACUGUGGAAGUGAAGGUGUGUUUUCAGCUUCUAGAGUCUCUCUACAGAUCCUGUCAGAGCCCCAUGAUUGUGUAUUGCAUUCAGAGAGCUCUCCAAAUGUAUUCUUAUGAACAGUUCUGUGUUGUUUAGAAUAGAAAUUAAUACACUUCAAAGUGAAGUAGACACCACCACUUUGGUUUGUUUAUUUUCUUUUAUGAACCAAGUCUGCAGGGUUUUGAGAUGAUAGGGUCUGUUUGAUUCUGUGGAAGAGGGCUAUGGGAAAAACAGGUAAGCAACUGUUUGCAUCAAAUGCAGUGUUUCAAAAGUUCUACUUAUUGUUCUCUUCGCUGUGUUUUUAGCUGUAGCACGCUGAUGCUAUAGGAUAAGGAAACAGUUUUUCUUUCAGAGAUACUUAUGUGUGUGUAAAUAUGGAGAUAGUUACAGAUAUUUCCACACACCAUUUGUGGCCAUCAUUUUCGUUUGUAACUUACAAAAACAUUUAUUUGAAAUAUUUUGUCAUUAUUUAUUUGUUUUGUUUCUCUUUUUAAUAUAUAUAUUUUUAAUCCCCAUUAGUCUACCAUUUCAUGCUUCUUUGCUUUCCCACUUUGGCUUAUUAACUGUUUCAACGCAGAUAACAUUUAUCUGGAGAAUGAUGAAUGGUUAGACAGCAUUCUUUGUCGUUGGCCUGGUUCCCAGCUCCACACUUAAGAAAUGACUGCCGGCCCCACCCCAGUUCUUCCUGAUGUUUCGUCAUGCUGCCAACUGUCAAGCCCUUUGGCACAUGAUUGCUUAAUAUGUCUCCACCUUCUUCUGGCAGGAUUCCCUUCAAUGAGGAUCCCAACCCCAAUACUCACUCAUCAGGACCCUCAACCCCUCUGAAAAACCAAACUUAUUCCUUUUCACCUUCCAAGUCCUACAGUCGGCAGUCCUCUUCUUCUGACACAGAUUUGAGUUUGACACCCAAGACUGGUAAGGCGCUCCCACCCACCUUUUGUGUUUCCUCGUAAGAACUUGUUUCUGUUCCUUGUGAGCCGCACACCAAACCUUUCCUCCUGUUGCUGCAUUUAAGUUAAUGUGACCACUGAUAAUCUCAGUUAUUAAAGCUAAUUGGUUUUUUUGUUUGGAGAGUGACAUUUUAAUUGAUUUAAUUAUUGUCAAUAUUAAGUUGAGAGUUUUGUUUGGGUAUUGACAUUCUUCAUUUCAUGUUGAAGUAAAGAGGAAUGCCACUUUAAAAUAAAACAUUUGCAUAGUAACUCUAGAGGUCUGCAACCAAAUUGCAGUUUUGAACCAUAAUUCCUCUUAAGCAUAUGACUAAUUUAUUUCUUAUUCAUUUCCAUUUCAGCAUUUAGUUCUUUAUUUUUAUUAUGGGGCUAGUUCAGAACUGGAGUGGCUGUAUAGCAGUGUAGGCUUCGCUCAUCUGCUUUUUGGCUGAAGGCUGAAGGUUCAGUGUAGAGUAUUACCUUGAGUUUAACUAGAAAACAGAAAAAAAAUCAAAGAGGAAGUGAUAUUGGUCAUAUCUAUUUUUUACAUUUGUUUACAUGCUAACUUAAAAGGUAAUAUAAAUACUGAUCACUUCAGUUCUUAGAUGAUUUUUAUAGAAGAAUUAUUUUGCUUGGAGAGCGACGUUUUAGCUGUUUUAGUCAUGCUUGAUAUGAAGUUUGUGCGAUUAGGCUGCUUGGCUUUGCUCCUUACUCUUGCUCUCCAGGUUGAAACUGCAGUUUAAAUUUUCUCACCCUUGGAUAUUUUUCAAUUUAUUAAAUUUAUAGUUAUCCCUUUCUUUUUGCAUUGUGAGUGGUUUCUGGGUUUUUGUUAGUGUUUUUUGAUAAGAAGUUGAUAAAAUAUUAAAUUGGCUUCAUGAGAGAAUUCAAUUUAUUUAAACAAAAAAAAUUUUUUAAAGAUUUAUUUAUUUAUUAUAUGUAAGUACACUGUAGCUGUCUUCAGACACCCCAGAAAAGGGCAUCAGAUCUCAUUAUGUAUGUAUGGUUGUGAGUCACCAUGUGGUUGCUGGGAUUUGAACUCAGGACCUUCAGAAGAGCAGUCAGUGUUCUUAACCGCUGAGCCAUCUCUCCAGCCCUUAAAUAAAAUUUUAAAGAACGAUUGAAAAUGUAAAGAUUUACUAUUUUUAGUACUUUAAGUACUAGAAAUAGUUUUCCUAUCAGAUUGACUAAACUGUUUUUAUUUGUAUUAUUUUGAAUUUGUCAUCUUUAAUAACCUUUAAUGUUUUAGUGUUAGAAGAAUUUAUAAAAUGGAUCCAGAUUUUUUGAAAACAAUCAAAACAAAAUCUUAUUAUAAACUUAAUUUUUUCCUUUUUUAAAAAUAAAAUUGAUCACAGAAUAAACACUAUAAACACCCAUUCCUGUGUUUUUAUUACCAUCCCUGUCAUCCCUCUCUAACAUCAUUGAUUUUGACAGCUACUUUAUUUUUUUAAGUAUGCUCAGCCUUAACCUAAGAAGCCAAGUGCAGAUCAGGAACCCUUGGGAAAGCACUGUAUCUGUCCCCGUGCAGGCAGAGUUUCCUGCUUCCGUCUGGCCUAGAUGACGACGCAUGAGAGCCGCUUUGGGGUUAGCAUGUGCAUUGUGUUAGGUAUUAUAAGCAGUACAAAGACGAUUUAAAAUAGGAGGAGGCUAUGCGAAGGCUAUUUGCAGAGCGCACUGCAUUCUGUAUUUGUGAAUUUUGUUCCUGCGGUGCUGGUCAUGGUGGCCUCAGCAGCAUUCCCUACAGAUGCUGAAGCUGUACUGUAUAUAAUUAUGAGUAACAAUUAAAAAGUACUGCUAAAGCCUCUUUACUCUUGUUCUUCACGCUCAGCCAGGUGUGGCAGCGCACGCCUUUAAUCCCAGCACUCAGGAGGCAGAGGCAGGCGGCGGAUCUCUGAGUUCGAGGCCAGCCUGGUCUACAAAGUGUGUUCCAGGACAACCAGAGAAACCCUGUCUCGAAAAAACAAAAACAAAACAAAACAAAAAAAAAAGAUAGCAUUUUAUAGUAAUGGAUGCUUUGGAAUGUGGUAUUUUAACUUCUUUGUGCCAUAAAAAUUGAGCCAUUGAAAUUGCGAUGAAAUUUAAAAAAAAAAAAAAAAAAGGAGUAAGCGACUAGCCGUAAUGUUCAUGCCACUGAGAACAAGGUAGGCUUGGGAUGGGACCUUCUCCUCUGCACCUUUUCUGUAGGCUGGAGAUGAAACCCAGCUCAUGGUGCAUGCUGGACAAGCACUCCACCUCAGCCAGCCUCCUCCUCAGCUCCUGGGUACUUAGAGACCAGAUCUUAUUAAGUUGCGGAGGCUGGUCUCUGCCUUGUGAGCAGGAGUCGGCCCAGGCCCAGUAUAGCUGGGACUCUGGGUGUGCUCUUAUAAACAAGGAGAUGUGACUGGAGCUGUGAGGCUUUGGUCUGCUCACUGGCUUCUAAGCUGCUUUUCAAUAAUGCUCACUGAUUAUGUUCUUGUCGUACCACAGAUAACGUUUAGAAAGCGGGGUUUUUUUUUUUUUUUUUGGCUUUUUUGUUUCUUAAUUCUUACAAAAGGACAAACCUAAAGAUUGUACAGGCAUCAGCAAUGGAAGCUUUCUGACUGGCAUCAGAUGUGCUAGCAAGGACUUCUGUAGUACUGGUUCUUAAAACCUCAUUUAUAUACCUGUAAGCUGACUCUGAUUGUUUUGUUUUGUUUUCCCACCUUAGUAGCUUGUUGAGACCCUCGCCACCUUUGCGCGGUCUGGAGGGGCUUGCCACCUCUCAGUUUUGUUACCUCGUAAGCUGAGACUCAGUGAGCAUCCUUUCCUGUCUCUGUCCGGCUUCUGAGAAGCAGUACAAGUCGAUUAUGAUUGACUUACUAUUUAUAAACCGAGACGUCAGAAAUAGAGCAGAAUAAAGGGUGGUCUGAGAAAGUUAUUUUUCUGUUUAUAAUGCAUUUUUUGGGUUAGUUUUCUUAAUUUUUUUUUACUUUAUUAGAAUCUAAUUUAUAACAUUUUAAAAAAUGAGAUUUUAAAAAUGUUUUCCCCAAUUUCUCAACUAAUAGGAGUGGAAUUUUUGAAUGCUGUAAUAGGUAUAUAGCAGAGAUUUACACACUUGAUUUGGGUAGAUUUUACUUUCUUAGGCAGGGUGGCUGUAUAUAUUUCUUACAAUACACAGGGUAUUUGACCUUUAUGUGCAAAUAUCUGUAAAUAGUGAUAUGAUCACAUUAAAGUAUGAGACAUUUUAGAGGUAAGAUGAAAGGAUUAAUGUAUACAUCAAAACUGGAGAGUAAAAACCUAGCUUGGAAUUCAUAAUACAUUACUCUAUGAUUAUUUUUUAAAUGAGUAUCCCAUUAGCACAAAUAUAUGCAGUAUCAUAGCUAGUAACAUUUUAAGGUACCAAAAUUUACUACUUUAAAUCAGUGUUUUGGAUUGAAGCCACAAGUUUCUUACCAUACGGAGAGUGGUGGUUUUCAGCCAUACAAGUUCUUAAAUACAGUCAGCCAGCCAACCAACCAAAAUCAAUUGGUGGGCAAUUUAAGUAUUUGAAGAAGUCAGUCAAAAGUGAUGGAAUGCAUAAAGUCUUGCUAAUGAUUUAAAGUUUUUCAGUGCUUGCAGAGUUUGAAGGGCUUUGUUCAUUUUGAAGGUGUCCUUGGUUUGCAUGUUGGCUAGGGCUCUGGCGGGUGGGUGGGUACCUGAGCUCUGGCUCACUCAGUGUGGGUUUGUCUGCAUUUGAAUCCAUUUGAUUGUUAUGUUUGCUCUCACUGCGUUCCUUCUCCUGCAUUUCUGAUCAUCUUCUGAACCUACAUCUUUGCUACUUUCCUCCACAGCACCUUACCCACAGGGGCCGGGGAUCUACCUGUGUCCCAGCUCCACCCCCCUCUCUUGUGGUUCCUUUCACCUUAAGUCCCGCCUCCUCUCGGAAUCUAGCCUUACCCCUCAUCACUCUAGCCUUGUCAGCCCCGUUCUGAGGAAAAGUGUUUCUUUCAGUGAAGAGCUGUUCCUGGCUGCUUCUGGUAGGAUCACAUUAUGUCAGCUUUUUUUUAAAUAAUCCCUUUGUUUUAAAUCAUCUCUGAAAACAUGUUAUUUUAUGCCAUAGAGAAUGACUGUGUGCUUUAUGUGUGUGAGUGAUUUCACUGACAGUUAAUCAGAACCACACAUAUGUCACUGACGCUUACUUGAUGGCUAUUAUCAGUAGUCACUGAGUUUUCUGUUUAACAAAGAUUAUGUGUCAGGAUGUGGCUGUGGAUGUUUGCUGUCACUCUCAGGACCGAGGUCUCACUCAGUGUCCUUGUAGAUGCUCUGUUCCCCUCUCUCCAUACCUGCUCCAUCCACAUCCGACCUGUGCCAUCCUGUUGCUAAACCAGAAGGCUACAUGAGAAAAUUAUUCUGUUUGAACCAGUUUAAGUCUCAUUUUGGUGCUAUUCUUUUAUUAUACACUUGUUUUCUUUCCAUUCCAUUAAUCAAGUUAUUCUGCUAUGUUUUCUGGUACUUUAUUUAUCACUGCAAACUUACCUUUUAUUUUGUGAUUUUAAAUAUGCUUCAUAUAAAGAUCUUAGUUUUGUUUCCAGUUAGCAUUGUGUAGUCUCUAAAAACCUUAAGAUUACUGUAAGAAAAACUUUUGUUUUCAGAGAUCAGAAUGGGACUACACACAUGCUAACCCUUGUUUCCUUAUCCAAGAACAGCUAAAAAUGUAAACAUGGAUUAACUCCUCCCUAAGGCACUGCAGUGAACUUGACCGGAUGCAUCUUUAGCUUUGAGAGCCAGUGUGAGCCAUCCCAUCUCCAUAGAUCGUGGGCCAUACUUGUCCUUGUGUUACUAUCAAAACAAUGACGACAACAAAUGCUAGGGAAAAUGUAAUAUUAGCCUUAAAAUACAUCUAAGGGUGAGGAAAUAGAAUUCUUUCAUCCAUGACUAUGUACAUUUGUGAUGUGCUUACACAUGUGUGUUGAUUUUUGUUAAUGAGCACAUCCCAUGUUCAGAGGAGAGCAUGAGCAGAGAAUAAGCUUCAUUCUGAAGGCUGAUUGGCCCGUUAGCUUCCUGUAGUUUUGACCUGAGCAGUUAGUGUGUUUCUUCCCAUAUUUUACCAGAUAUUUUGAUGUGUUUAAGUUGUUAGCAUAGUCAGUUAUUCUUUUGGUUAUUUUAUUAAAAUUAUCAACUUAUAAAUAUUGAAUAUUAUCAAAGAAUUGUUGCCUUAUUUUAAUAUUUUUAUUAGAAUAAAUUGAUUGUAAAACUAGCUGUGACCAUAACUUUGAUAUCUUACUUUAAAGAAAGUUUUAAUAUAGUAGAGUAAAAUGCAUGUGCUACUUACCAUAGCAAAAUAGGUUAAACAUGUGGCUGAGUUUCUGUAUUUGACACUGUCUGUGAAGAUGAGUGCACUUGAGCUUGCCGGUGUCUACUUAUGUGCUUGUUCCUUACGUGCUGCUGUCCUGUAGGAAUGGGCAGUGGGAGUGCUGGAAAAGAAGGGGGGCCCUUUAAAGCCCUUUUACGGCAACAGACGCAGUCGGCGUUGGAACAGCGGGGAGGAUCGCCUCAUAGGUUCUGUAGAAGGCGGGAGUUCCCGUUCCUCACCCUGACGGCCUUCCCCCCUGGACUUCUUGUGCACGUCGGUGGCGUUGUCAGUGCACGCUCUGUGAAGCUUUUAGAUCGGAUCCACAACCCUGUGAAGAAGUCUGUAUUUUAUCAGCGUCUGGCACGGCAGCUGUGCUGAACCCUCGGUUUCUGCAGGAAGGCACUGUGGAGGGCUGUUUGGAACAAAGGAUUGAAGAGAAUUUACCGGUGGGCUGCGGAUUCUGCCAUAUACCAUAUGAUGAACUGAACAUGCCGUUUCCCGCUCAUCUCACAUAUUGCUAUAACUGCAGGAAGCAAAAAGUCCCUGAUGUUCUCUUCACAACUAUCGAUCUGCCCACAGACGCAGUGGUUGUUGGUAAAGGUUGUCUUAUUCAGGCAAGGUUAUGUCGAUUAAAAAAGAAAGCACAGGCAGAAGCCAAUGCCACAGCUAUCAGUAAUCUCUUGCCGUUUAUGGAAUAUGAAGUACACACUCAACUGAUGAACAAGCUCAAACUCAAAGGAAUGAAUGCUUUGUUUGGACUGAGAAUUCAGAUCACAGUGGGCGAGACCAUGCUGAUGGGCUUAGCGUCGGCCACAGGAGUCUACUUAGCAGCCUUACCCACACCCGGUGGAAUCCAGAUCGCUGGGAAGACCCCUAAUGAUGGCUCCUAUGAACAGCACAUCUCCCACAUGCAGAAGAGAAUAAACGACACCAUUGCAAAAAACAAAGAGCUGUAUGAGAUCACCCCCCCGGAGGUGUCUGAGGAGAUGAUAGGAUCCCCCAUCCCAGAACCCAGACAGCGCUCCAGACUUCUAAGAUCACAGUCGGAAAGUUCUGAUGAAGUUACAGAGUUAGAUCUUUCACACGGGAAAAAGGAUGCUUUUGUUUUAGAGAUCGAUGACACCGAUGCCAUGGAAGAUGUGCACUCCCUCCUUACUGACGCCCCGCCCCCUUCAGGUUUUUAUAGUUGUAAUACAGAAAUUAUGCCUGGCAUAAAUAACUGGACAUCAGAAAUACAGAUGUUCACGUCAGUAAGAGUGGUCAGACUAAGUAGCCUCAACUUGACUAACCAAGCUCUCAAUAAGAACUUCAACGGCCUAUGUGAGAACUUGCUCAAGAGCCUGUAUUUCAAACUUCGGUCCAUGACCCCCUGCUGCCUCUGCCAUGUGAACUUUACAGUGUCUCUGCCUGAAGAUGAGUUAAUCCAGGUCACAGUCACAGCAGUUGCAAUAACUUUUGAUAAAAACCAGGCCUUACAGACCACAAAACCCCACGUUGAAAAGUCACUACAAAGAGCCUCCACAGAUAACGAAGAACUGCUGCAGUUCCCACUGGAGCUCUGCUCAGACUCACUGCCUCCUCAUCCUUUCCCAGCAGCUAAAGAACACCUGGAGAGUGCGAACUCUAACUCAGGUAUACCAGCUGCACAGAGAGCAACGUCAGUUGAUUACAGUUCCUUUGCAGACAGAUGCAGCAGCUGGAUAGAGCUCAUUAGACUGAAAGCUCAGACCAUAAGGCGCGGAUCAAUUAAGACAACUGUGACUGUUGAAAAAGCAAGUGCCAUGGGUGAUGGAAAUUUCCGGAAUCGCUCUGCUCCACCUUGUGCAAGUCCCACAGUUGGGGUUGUUAAGAUGACGCCGCUUUCUUUCAUCCCUGGAGCAAAGAUAACCAAGUACCUCGGCAUCAUUAACAUGUUUUUCAUUCGGGAAACCACUUCUCUCCGCGAGGAAGGCGGAGUCAGUGGUUUUCUCCACGCUUUCAUUGCUGAAGUGUUUGCCAUGGUCCGAGCUCACGUGGCAGCGCUGGGCGGGAAUGCUGUUGUGUCCUACAUCAUGAAGCAGUGUGUCUUCAUGGAGAACCCCAGUAAGAACCAGGCACAGUGUCUCAUAAAUGUCAGUGGGGACGCGGUGGUGUUUGUUCGUGACUCCGACUUAGAGGUCAUGUCAUCUCAGCAGCCUGCUGCCAACUGCCAGCCCUCAUGUACCGGAGAAGUUACAACUUGAAGACAGCGGCUCAACUGGCUCAACCGAGUGAAAUUCAUGUGUCUCCAUUGUGUGUCACCCUCUUCUCAGCCCAGAGGCCCGGCGUGGGGUGGGGUACUGAGGAGCAGGGAUGCGGCUGGAUAGCUUGUGUGCACAUCUGGGAGAGUUGAGAAUUUCUGAUCUUGACAUUUUGUUUGUCCAGUCUACACAGACAGGCCCCAUGGAUUCUGGUACCUUCAGUUAUGGGAGUUAUUUGUAAUUUGUGUUGAUUUUUAAUAAAAGUAUAAUUAAAAAUGAAAUGGAAAGCUUAUCAAGAGUCUAGGGUAGGAAGCUCCUGUGGCUUUGAAAACCAAGCAGGAAUCCAAUUGCUAAUGAGUCCAUAGCUGAUUUGUAAAUGGAGGAAACUUGUGUGUAUUUUCAGAGAAUGACUGCAGCUUUCUCAGUGUCUUCUGCUUGAAGUGAGGACUUUGUUAGCUGGAUGGGUGAUGUGUUUGUUAGCUGGAUGGGUAGUGUGUUAGACCAUCUUUUAAAGGAAGGUUUACGGUGUGGGUCUGUAGAAUUGCCUGAGUGCUCUCAGGAACUUCUCAGAGGUGUCCGCACCCAGGAGCGGAGGAUGCCUCAGGACUGGCUGUCCUCAUGGAGGAGGGAGGGGGCACCUCACGACUGGCCGUUGCUUCAUAUUUAAUUGUCUAGAAGAGGCUUGGCUCCAACAGGGGAGAGACUGCUGUGGAAUGUAUUUAAGUAGUGAAAAUACAGUUGACCUAGGAAGAACAGGAUUGUUUUCUAAUGAUAUAUUGCACUCAAUAAUCUUAGGGAUUGGUGAGGUACACUGUUGGUAUAGAAGGUGGAAAGGAGACUUGAAUAUGCUGUGAAGUGUUGAAUGUAUGUAUUAAGUCUUACCUAUGCCAAGUACCCACUACUAAUGAGAUAGCAAAUUCCUCCUUUGCCCAAUAAAAUGUCCUUAUAAAACAUAGGAUUUUAUUCUCUCAAAACAGCAAAUUACCCUAAAGAUGAAAAGUCAUUUUAAUGCUACACAGGUGUCAAUAUUUUUCUGUAUUUUGUUUAUAAUUUUAUUUUUUAAAUAAAAAGUUUAUAAACAACA